AUGUCAAUUAAUCGUGGAUGUUUAACAAAUAUUAUUAACGUUGACCAAACUAAACGUUUUCAAAAUAUUGAUUGUAGAGUUCAAGUUAUAAAAACAAAACAAUCUUCAAGUAAUAAUUUAGAAAUUCAUUUAUCAGAUCAAGAUCAUAUUUUUGUUGGUAUUUCAAAGACUGAUCCAUCAAAUAUUCCAAUCAAUUCAAUUGUUAACCUAAGUGAUUUCUCUAUAAACUUUCCAAAAAGAUUCCUUAAUAUCGUUCAAUUCAAUGUUAUCUCUCAAGAAAAAGAAAUUAAAACCGCACAAGGUAAAGCUUUAACAUAUCACUCAGUAUAUAAAAAAACAGAUGGCAAUAGUCAAAACAGUAAUCAACCACAACCACAACAACAACAACAACAUCAACAACAACAACAACCAAGAGCAAAUACAACAAUGGGCUCAAAUAGUGGAAUUGCAUCAAGAGGUAAUCCUUUAGCAAAUCAAAGAAAUCAAGCAGGUGCAAUUAGAUCAAAUAAUAAUUUUGGUGGUAAUAGUAAUAAUAAUAAUAAUAACAAUUAUAAUAACAACAAUAAUAAUAAUAAUAAUAAUAGUGGUGGUGGUUCAAAUAAUUUUUAUGCAGAUUUAUCAACACAACCAAUUACAGAUAUUGAAAGUAUAGCACCUGGUAUGAAUGUUCAAUUUACAAUCAGAGCAAUGGUUAGAAAUAAACAACCAUUAAAAAGUUGGAAUAAGGGAGCCAAUGGUGAAGGUAAACUUUUUAGUAUGGAAUUGGUAGAUAGUACUGGUGAAAUUAAAUGUGCUUGUUUCUCUGAUAGUUCAAAUCCAAACAACUUUAUCAAUGCACUCUAUGAUUGCUUUGAAAAUGGUAAAGUCUAUUUCAUUCAAAGAUUCUUUGUUAAAAGUGCAAACAAAUUAUACAAUACACUCUCACAUCAAUCUGAACUCAGUAUCAACUCUGAAUCAAGAGUAAUGAUUAGUCCAGAUCAAACCCAAUUCACUCCACAUUAUAAUUUCAAAAAGAUUGCUGAUAUUGAAAACUUGGAAAAGAACGACACUGUCGAUGUUAUUGGUGCCAUUACAAACAUUGAUCCAAUCGCCAAUCUCACUAGCAAACAAGGUAAAGAAUUCACCAAAUUUGGUAUCACCAUCGCCGAUGACACCAAUGCCAGUAUCAAUGUCGUUUUUUGGAAUGAAAAAGCCACUGAAGUUGCACCUCAAGUAAAGGUUGGUGAUAUCAUUGCAAUGAAGGGUGUAAAAGUUUCCGAUUUCUCUGGUAGAACACUCUCUUAUAGUUUUGGUUCAUCCUUUGGAUUGAAUGAUGAACAACUUCAAGAAACCAGUAAUCUUCGUGCACAUUUACAAAACUUUGAUGUCAAUUCUCUUCAAUCACUUACCAUUGCAAGUUCCUACACCCAAAGUUCCUAUGAACAAGUUAAUCUUCCAAUCUUUUUAAUCAGAACCAUCUCUGAAGGUUCACCACUCUUCAUUUCAGAUCCAAAAACAAAUAAAAAACUCUAUCGUACAAUCGGUCAAUUCCAACGUGUCGUUCCUUUAAGUCAAGCUGGAGAGAUGGACAAAGGUGAUGAAAUCUCUUCCAAAAUGGAAUGGAAAUAUAAAGCAUGCAAAAAAUGUAAAAAAUCUUGUCCAGAAGGUAGUUGCCCACAAUGUGGUUCAGAUGAUUGGGAAUAUGCUUAUCGUAUGAGUUUGAAAUUAUCCGAUGGUGAUGAUGCAAUCAGUGUUGAGGUAAUGGGUAAAACUGGUGAUAGAUUAUUUGGUAAAAGCGCUGCAGAAUUAUAUCAAAUGAAUCAAGAACAAAUCAAUGAAAUCUUUAACACUGUACUUAGUAACAAUUAUGUUGUUUCACUUGCCCCAAGCUCUUAUAUGGGUAGCAAUGGUCAAACUUACAACAGAUUCAAUGUCUAUGAUUUUGCAAAUCUCUAUGAUACACCAAACAAACUAGUUUCUGGUCCAAAUCCAAAUGCUCCAAAUCAAUUCCAAAAUUAUAUUGAAAGUAGUUUUAAUGAUUGUAGAUUAUUUAAUGAAUAA